UUUACAAAGCAGUUCUCCAAAAUUAUUUGUAAUGACAAUGGUUGCGAACUAUAAAACGGGGAUUUAAUGAAACCCCCAAAACGCACACACAAUGAGGCGGUCGCGCGCACACGCACGACGCGUGCGGCGUGUUUGCGGCACGCAGCGAGAGAAAACACGCCGCCGUUGCCGGAGGAGGGGGACACGCCGCUCCACCACUGCCCACCGGCGUGGAGUCGGUCCUUCCGUUUGCAUUUUUCCCCUGCAGUCGUUUGAUUGAUUUUUUGUUCCUUUCGUCCCAUAAUUCCACGCGUAGAGGUCGAGGCAGGCUCGGAGAUCCUCGCCGCGCGGAGCGGUACAUUGGAGGCUCCUUAGCGGAGCUCCCCCUCGUCGCGUUCGGCAUGCAGCCGAGCGCCGACCGCUUCCCCCUUACGAGUCGGCACGCUCGCGACAGGAGAGGUUGACGCGCACGCGCACGGCCAUGGCUUUGUCUCGCGCGGCCGCCGUGACGCAUUGGCGUUCCUGCCGACGCGCCGCCGCUUCCGCCGCCGCCGCCUGAGCGAGCGCGAGAAGAGAAACCAAAGCAGGCGGGCGGCCCCGGGAACAUGGCGCCCACCAAGGCCAGCGUCCAGCACGAGCACGCGCGCACUCAACGCGACCCCUACUGGGAGCGUCCGGCCAACGCGGGCAGCUGUUCCGCCUCCCGGCCGAAGACCCUUCACCUGGCCGGAGGACAGCAGCACACCUCGUCGCCAUGGCUGCAGGCUCUGCGCAAGGAGAAGUCUCGUGACGCAGCGAGGUCACGGCGAGGGAAGGAGAACUUUGAGUUCUACGAGCUAGCAAAAAUGCUUCCCCUGCCAGGUGCCAUCACCAGUCAGCUGGACAAAGCGUCAAUCAUCCGCCUCACCAUCAGCUACCUGAAGAUGAGGGACUUUGCCAACCAGGGGGACCCCCCGUGGAACCUGCGCAUGGAGGGACCGCCACCCAAUACCUCAGUCAAAGCUAUCGGCAACCAGAGGAGGAGGAGCCCCGGCGCCUUGGCUUCGGACAUCUUUGAACCGCACCUGGGCAGCCACAUUCUGCAGUCCCUGGACGGUUUCGUGUUUGCACUAAACAAGGAAGGACGCUUCCUGUACAUCUCGGAGACUGUGUCCAUCUACUUGGGACUCUCGCAGGUAGAGCUUACCGGCAGCAGCGUGUUCGACUACGUCCACCCGGGUGACCACGUGGAGAUGGCCGAGCAGCUGGGCAUGAAGAUCCCGCCCAGCCGGGGGGCAUCGCUGUGCCAAGGCGCCAUCAACGAGGACGCUGCCUCGUCGGCGUCGUCUUCGUCGCACCCAGAGACGCCGGAGCCAGGAAGUCAUGCUGUUCUGUUUCCAGUUGAGUCAAGUAGUCCUGGUGUGGUGUCUCCCGACUACUGUCUAGAACGUUCGUUCUUCAUUCGAAUGAAGUCGACACUAACCAAGAGAGGCGUACACAUCAAAUCAUCAGGAUACAAGGUGAUUCACGUGACCGGUCGCCUGCGUAUCCGCAUGGCGCUAACCCACAGCCGCUCAGCGCCCAAUCAGAUCAUGGGCAUGGUGGUGGUGGCGCACGCCUUGCCGCCUCCUACCAUCAAUGAGGUGCGCAUCGAUUGUCAGAUGUUUGUCACGCGCGUCAACAUGGACCUCAAGAUUGUCUACUGUGAGAACCGAAUCAGCGACUAUAUGGACGUUUCGGCGGCGGACAUUGUGGGCAAACGCUGUUACCAGCUGAUCCACGCAGAGGAUGUGGACGCCAUCAGGCAAAGUCACGUGGACCUGAUGACCAAGGGUCAGUGCGUGACCAAGUACUACCGCUGGAUCCAGAGGAGCGCCGGCUUCAUUUGGAUCCAAUCCAGCGCCACCAUUGCCAUCAAUGCCAAGAAUGCCAGCGACAAGAACAUCAUUUGGGUCAACUACGUGCUUAGUAAUCACGAAUACAAGGACACGCCCAUCGACAUGGGCCAAAUGCCUAACCUCCCAGAAAAGAUUUCAGAAUCCUCGGAAUCUUCUGACUCGGAUUGCGAGUCCAAAGAAAAUUCUGACAAUGAGAAAGCAGCAGGUAAGCUCAGCCAAUCGGAGGCCGGUGAGGACACGGAGGCAGAGUCUCGACGAUUGCAACAGCGCUGCAUCCAAUCGCAGUGCCCAUCGGAGCAGGAAGUUAAGCGGCUGGAGGAGCACGAUACGUCCAGUAACGCUGACAGCAGAGACAGUGACGACAGCCUGGACGCUUCCGAAGCUGAGCCGGAAGAGCCUGAAGAGGCCGGAGGGGUGGCCGGGAUGGGUGGCGUACUGGCCGCAGUCCCAGGCGCCGUCCUGGGUGGUCUUCAGAUCAAAGUGGAACAUUAUGGCGAGGCAGAGGAACAUCUCCAUGCCUCACAGUCAUCUUCGUCAGAGGAAGAAGAGGAUGAGGAAGAUGAGGGCAUCGUGGCGGGCGCCCGCACAGUAGGUGACAGCGUGGAGCGGCUUCAGCGGCGGAAAAGGCGGAAAGUGCAGAAGUGGGACAGGACACAAAGCAGAAAGUUGCGGCUUUCCUCCACGACGGCCAGCCCGGUCAAUGAUGGCAACCCACUGCUGGAUGCUGCUGCUGCUCAGAACCCCUCGCAAAUUCUCUCCGUUGGCUCCCCAGGAGGCAACGUGUCCUCGGUCCUAAAGAUCAAGACGGAAAUGUCAGAGCCCAUCAAUUUCGACAACGACAGUAGCAUCUGGAACUUUCCACCCAACAGGGAGAUUUCUCGCAACGAGUCCCCGUACAGCAUGACUGCCAAGCCUGCCACCCCGAGCCCCCUCAAGCAGGGUGGCUCGCUCCAGGUCCCUAUCCCCGAUGCCGUCUUGACACCACCUGCCACUGAAGGCGGGGGCGGAGCCAGGAAGCCUCCGUACAACGGAAGCUCAACCCCGUCCAGUUUAGCGCCGCCCUCCGGCGGCUCCUCCGCAGAUCCCCUAUCACCGCCCCUUUCGGCUUCACCGCACAAGCAGCAGGGCACGCCCACCACCUCUUCCUCAUCAUUGCUUUGUUCAGGCGACCUGGAGGCGCUUCAGCGUUUACAGACGGGCAACGUGGUUCUCCCGCUUGUCCACCGUGUCACGGGCACCCUGGCGCCUGCUGGAAAUACACCACCGCGUGUGUACACCACCGGGACAAUCCGCUAUGCCCCUGCUGACGUCACGCUAGCCGUUGCACCGGGGAGCCUGAUCCCCAAUGCCUCCGUGAACUUUGUGGACGCACCGAAUUUUGGCCUGGACCCCAAGACGCCCAUGGAAAUGCUGUAUCAUCACGUGCAUCGUCUCAAUAUGUCGGCUGCCGCCGCUGCUGCAGCACCCUUCACGGGCUCCCCAGGGGCCGCCGGAGGGACAGGCACUCUGGCAGCCCAGAUCCCCGCCGCCGCCAACGUAUUCACCACAGCCGAUGGGAUUUUCUCCACGUUGCCAUUUCCAGUGUACACCAAUGGUAUCCAGGCUGAGAGAAAGGACGACUAGCGGGGACCGGCCUAGAUGGGGCCCCGCUGGAGACCGUGCUACUGUGCUUUCCGACUCUACUGUGUCGCCAGGGACGACGAACGAGGGAAUGAAGAAGGACUCGAAAGGAGCUAUAUGAUGGCUUGGGAGGAUGGAGGGCUGAAAUGGAGGAAGGAUUGAAGAAAGAAAGGAAGAAUGGUAAAUUUUAGAAAGAAGAAGAAAGAGACAGGAAAGGAAGAAGUAAAUGAAGAUUAUCAAGGAAAGGGUAAAAAACAAAGGUAGAAAUGAUUGGUAAAAUGAAGAAUAUGAGGGAAGAAAGGAAGGGUUAGAAGAAUGGAAAGAAGGAAGAAAUGAAAGGAUUGAAGGAAGGGUGGAAGAGAGAAAAGGAAGAUAAAGGAAGGAUUAGGAAGCCAGGAAGGAAGCAUUUGUAACAAAAAAAAAAGAAUAAAUAGAAGGAAGGAUGCCUUGAAGGACUUUAAGGGGGAACCGCCAGACUUUGUGUAGCACUUUUUAAACUCCUCGCUUCUUUCUGUCGCCAUUAUGCUCCCCUGCCAAUCUAGCUGACGGUUGGCAAUGUCAUCAGCUCCUAUAAGUCAUCACUUCCGAUUGUUGUUGGCGAAGAUAAAAACAUUACAAUGUAAAACUGAUACACGAGAAAACAAAAGAACCAAGCGACUUGUGAAUGUGGAACUACUUACUGUUGCAUCAUCGCGCCCUGUCAUUUUCCAUGACGACACACUUGUGGUGCUACGACAAGAUGGCCACUAUCAUCUCAGUCAGACCGGGGCAAAGCAGCUAAUGCUCGUGCUAGUCGGAUGGUGUAGAACUUAAUUGGCUAUCAUAUAAUUUAGUAUUGAUGCUAAUGGGAUAGCAUUCCAGCUAAUAGAAUAGCAUCAAGGCUAAGAAGCUAGCCUUGGUCUAAUUUAAUGGUACUCAUGGUAAUCAGUUCCAUUGGAGGCUCAAGGACUAGUUUUGAUGCUAAUCAGCUACCAUAAUUUAAACUGAUUAGUAGGCCUUGUAUUAAUCACUUCACUUUGAUGCUAAUCAGCCAGCAUUAAUGUAAUUCCUUCCCUGGUAAUCACCAAGCAUUAUUGCUAAUGGGUUAGCAAAGAUGCUAGUCACCCACUAGUAUUAGGGUUGCCAACAGUCCCAGAUUGUGCAGGACAACGAAAGAAGUUCUGGUACCAAUCGGAACUUCCUAUAUUCCGGGUUGUCCCGCGCAAUCCGAACUGUCGGCAACCCUAGCUAGUAUUGAUGCCAAUCACUUAGCCUUGAUGCUAAUUGGUUAGCACUGAUGAUGGUCACCUACUAACAUUGAUGGUAAUUCCUUCGCUAUGGGAAUGAUGCUAUUCACCCACUAGCAUUGAUGCCAAUCAGCUAGCACAGCUAACCUGAAAAAUGAAUGUCUUGGACCAGUUGCUGUUUCACUACUACUUCUUCUGCCAACUUCGGGGAAAGCAAUCCACUCACUUCCGUCGCAUUGCUGGAUUAUGGAAACCUGACCAUACAUCAACCGGACGCCUCGUUGCCAAAAAAAAAAAAAAAAAAAAAAAAAAAAAAAAAAAAGGAGAAAAA